AUGUCAAAAUCAAAGAUUUCUCUAAGUAAAGCUUGCGAAAUGAUUUUAGAAGAAAGUGAGGAAGAUGAUUGCGAAGAUUAUGUUGCAUCAGAUGAUGAUAAUGAAAUCGAUUGUGUUGAAGAAAACGAAGUUAGUAAUAGUGAAAGCGAAAAUGACAUAAAAUCUGAUUUGAUGGCUAAUACUAUUACGCAUGAGGAAACGUAUUUAUCAAAAAAUAAAGAAAUUGUGUGGCAUAGUACACCAGAAACAAAUACACAAGGUCGUGCCAAAAGUUUCAAUAUUGUAAAAGAAAGUCCAGGAUUCAGCAAUUAUGCAAAAAAUAACGUUGAUUCAAUAUCUUCUUCUUUUUUGAUUUAUUUCAGAUCUAGUUUGUUGGAACAAAUAUGUCAUUUCACAAAUCAAGAAGGACAACUGGUGUUGAAAGAUGAAUAUGAUAAAAAUAAUAAAAAAAAGAAACCAGAAAUAGUUCUUUAUUAUAACAAAACCAAAGCUGGAGUUGAUACAAUGGAUCAGAUGACAAGAGGAUACCUGGGAAUGGAAGAGGUGGGAGGAAUUCAACAGCAAAUGAUGAAGGAGGAGAUAAGCAAAAGAGUACAACAAUAG